ACUUUCGGUAGUUGAAUGUGAGAGGAAAAGACGCUACAUCGAACAAAGUUUAGACAUUGCGGGCAUUAUGGUCAGUUUAGCCAGGAAAUAUUCGCCAAUUCCGAUCCAAAUUGGUCAAAGCAAGUAGAUUAAACCUUGCGGAAGUGCAAUCAAGUGAAGUUGACCGCUGGCCGGGCCCGGAAGUGGUGCAAUCGCGAAGAAUAUUUCAAGAUUUUGACCUUGAGUGUACAUUGAUCUCGUAGGAAGCACAGCAAGACACGGGAGCGUAGAUUCGGUUCCUCGUUUUCUCCCGUGUCGGUUGUGUGAUAUCGCGACUGGUGGUGGCAGUGCAGCCGUUCUUUCUGUCUGUGUCCUCUACACCUUGUGCGUGUGCGGUUGUUCUCGUUGUUGGUGGAAAUGUGUGUGGGAUGUUUGCUGGGCUGAGAAACGGCCGGAGAAGAGUGCCACUGGUGUGUAGAAAACUCGAAAGCAAAAUGGAUAAUCAUCGACACAGGAGUAGCUGAACUGCCGCCGCUGCGCUCUGUGACAAAAGCUUGUUGGGCUCUUUUUCGCCGAUACUACCUUGUUCCACCUCUGCCUGCGGUCGUCGUCGUCGUCAACAGCAAAAAUAAAGGAUGCAGUGGUAACCUAAUAAUGUGCCCUGCUACCACCACUUCUUGCCUGCUGCAUGCUCGCUGCUGCCGUCGUUCGAGAAACGGAAUGAAAAAUCAAUACUCUGCAUCCUCCGAUUCGGACCAACUUUUGUGACACAGACGGGAAAGGGGACCCAUUUCGCGUGUUCCGUCGCGCGCGUUCCGUGUAUGUCGUCUGCCGUUCCGCUGAGGCCAGUGGCGGCCCACCUGCGCACCCACUGCAUGUGGUGGUCGCGGCAGCACAGUAAAGAUGUGGAAUGAAAACUAUUAUGAUUUGUGUGCCAAUGAAGAAUUUGGUUUCAGGCUUAGUCCAGUCGCUAUGCAACAAGGAUCAGGAUCAUCCACACCGAGCGCCGCACCUACAACCGUACCACCAGUAACGUCGGAAAAGAUGGACGAACCACCGCCACGCAACGAACCGGUCGUGGAGCCGGUGAAUGGCAUCGUUCAGCCACCGGUGGUGCCGCCGCCGGAACGUCCCGGUCGGCUCACAAACCAGUUGCAUUUUUUGCUAAAAACGGUAAUGAAGGCUGUCUGGAAGCACCAGUUCUCGUGGCCCUUCCAGCAGCCAGUUGACGCGAAAAAGCUAAACCUUCCCGACUACCAUAAGAUUAUCAAGCAGCCAAUGGAUUUGGGCACGGUCAAGAAGCGUCUGGAGAAUAACUACUACUGGACGAGCAAGGAAGCAAUACAAGACUUUAAUAUCAUGUUCUCAAAUUGCUACGUGUAUAACAAACCGGGCGAAGAUGUCGUCGUGAUGGCUCAAACGCUGGAGAAACUGUUUCUCACCAAAGUGUCGUUGAUGCCGAAGGACGAGGUCGAGAUGGACGUACCGAACCCGAAGGGUGCCAAGAAGAAGCCGACGGUGCGUUCGCUUGCCCCGCCCGGAACACUAGUCGGAAGUGUGCCAGCUGCCCCGGCAACGGUCACAACCCCGGUCACGGCCACAGCAACGGCCGCAACCGUCGCCGCCCGGGCUCGGCCAAGUUCUGCGCUAGGUUCGGCCGUUACGUCAAGUGUCGCACCGGCGAACAACACCGCCCCCUCGGUUACGGCCACACCCACGGUGACCACUCCGGUGGUGCCGAACGUUCCCCCAAUCGGAACGCUUCCUCCCCAAACGGUGCCUGGCAGCACAAACACCACCACGACGGCCACACCGACCGCAGUGAGUGCAGCGCACAACGCCCUCUCGACGCCGGUGACGCCCACGCUGGCCAAACCGGUCCCUCCAACCGCCGCAUCCCCGUACAUCGUCAACAGUUCGCAGUCCGGAAUUGAAACGGUCUUACCUCCCCAACAACCUGCGAAAGUUAAAAAGGGUGUUAAAAGAAAGGCCGAUACCACCACCCCCACGGCAACAGCUUACGAUCCGCACUACGGCACUAAUCUCGACCCGAGCAACGCCAAAAUCGCCACCCGACGGGAAUCCGGACGACAGGAAAUCGCACCAUUCCAGUCAGCGUCGUACCCUAUUUCGCCAUAUCAGGGCUCGGCGGCGGCUCAGAAUCCACCGAAGAACAAGGAGAAACUGUCCGACGCACUCAAGUCAUGCAACGAGAUCCUGAAGGAACUGUUCUCCAAGAAACACUCCGGCUACGCAUGGCCGUUCUACAAACCGGUGGACGCGGAAUUGCUCGGCCUGCACGACUAUCACGAUAUCAUCAAGAAGCCGAUGGAUCUGGGCACGGUGAAGCGGAAAAUGGACAACCGGGAGUACAAGUCGGCCAACGAGUUUGCGGCCGAUGUUAGGCUUAUAUUUACAAAUUGUUACAAGUACAACCCCCCAGAUCAUGACGUCGUUGCGAUGGGUCGUAAGCUGCAGGACGUGUUUGAGAUGCGUCUGGCCAACAUCCCGGACGAGCCGGCCAACAACAUUACGCCUAAUCAGAGCAAAGAAAGUGAUUCGUCCUCGUCGAGCGAUUCGGACGUGACCGAAGAAAAUUCCGACUCGGACGAGGAGUGCAAUCAAAAGCUGAAGAUCCUGGAGAAGCAACUUUUCGAGAUGCAGGAGCGUAUGCGAAAGUUGGCCGAGGAGGCGUCCCUGAAGAAGAAGGCCAAGAAGAAAAUGAAGGACAAGAAGAAGUCGACGACGCCGGGAUCGAGCGACGCCAAGCCGGGCAUGGAAGUGCACGCCAAUCCGCCCCAUCCGGUGGCCGCGAAGGUGCUUCAUCCGGUGACGGCACUCGCCCAGCCUCAGAUCAGCAGUGUUGCGCCGACGAUUCCACCGGCGGCCGCGACCAAAACCAAGACGAAAGGCCAACGCGCGCCAAAGGCCGGAGCCACCCCGAAUGCGCCCGCCAAGCGAGCAAAGGGAGCCGGAGCGGCCGGGGCCGGUGGAGCUGGCCGGGGUCCGAACAAGAAGAAGGGCUCGCAAGCCGUCACCAACUUUGACUCCGAGGAGGAAGAUACGGCGAAACCCAUGUCGUACGAUGAGAAAAGACAGCUAUCGCUCGAUAUUAACAAAUUGCCAGGUGAUAAACUCGGUCGCGUUGUACAUAUUAUCCAGAGCCGGGAGCCAUCGCUGCGUGAUUCCAACCCGGACGAGAUCGAGAUCGACUUUGAAACCCUCAAGCCAUCGACGUUACGAGAGCUGGAAAGCUACGUGGCCUCCUGUUUACGCAAGAAAACCCGUAAGCCUUACUAUAAGAAAGUCUCCGGCAAGUCCAAGGACGAACAAAUGGCGGAGAAGAAGCAGGAGCUCGAGAAGCGGCUUCAGGACGUGACCGGUCAGCUGGGAACGGCCAAGAAGAACGCUAAGAAGGCGGACGAGGCGGCGAAGCAGGACAUUGCGCCCUCGGGCGGCAACAUCUCGUCGAGCAGUAGUUCCAGCGAUUCCUCGUCGUCCAGCUCUAGCGAUUCCAGUUCGAGUGAUUCCAGCGACAGUGAAGCAGAACCUGGACGGCCACCAAAGAAAAAGAAGAAGGAAUCGUCCUCGCCAGUGCAAUUCCCAGCGGGUGCGGCGGCGAACUUGUCGAUUGCGCCAACAUCCGUCACAUCUUCAGCAAACUCAAACACCGCGACAGUCACAGCACAGAACACUUCCACCCCGUUGACGGUUCCGCCGAUCGUCCUCAGCAACACCAACAACAGUUUGACCCUUUCUAACCCGGCGCAAAUUUCAUCUGCAUCCAUCACAACACCACUACUGACGAAUCCCCAGAACAACAACGUCCCAUCCAACAACAACAACAACACCAACAAUGCAUCUAGUGCUGCUGCUCCUGCUGCAUCUGCCGUUCCUCCGGCGUCGAAUGCGGCCACCACCGCGGCGGCGAUACCAUCCGGUCCCAGUACACCAAACCUGCCCGUUUCCCAGCCCAAUCUGCCAUCACAGAUCGUCAAUCCUGCGGUGACGUCACAGAACAACACCUCCAUUUCCACCACCCUUUCGCUACCCACUUCAUUACCACCCACUGCAGUUGCACCGUCACAACAGACACCUCAACUUCCGCCCCAGCAAGGCCUGUCCACGUCGGUAGUGACCGGUAGCAAUAGUAGUAACAGCAACAGCAACAACAACAACAGUAACCAAGUUCCAUUGCCAACGCCGUCACCAAAUACGACAACAAUGUUACCUUCCAAUUUGUUGUCCACUAGCAGUAAUAGUAUGAAUAACAUCAACAAUGUUACGCAGCACCAACAUCAGCAGCAACAGUCAAACCAGCAGCAAUCUCAAGUUCCCCAGCUGGGUCUGUCCGGCAAUGGUCUGCCGACGUCCUCUUCGUCGUCGUUGGUGGCGUCCGAUAAUACCAACGGUAUUGGCAGCAAUCCGUUGUCGCUGGCCGGACUGCAACUACCCACCGGGCUGGCGUCGAUCAACAGUUUGGCCAGCUUGGUUGGUACUGGAAUGGCGCAGCAGCAGCAACAGCCAACAAUGCAAUUACCUCAGGUUCCAAGUCAAAGCCAACAGCAGCAGCAGCAGCACCAAAUGGGUGGAAAGCAGUCGCAUAACCAGCACUCCGCCAGUCACAUGUCUCUUCACCUGCCAACGAGUCGAGCCUCGGUCGGGGGAAAUCCGCAAGCGCACCCGUUGGCCGGGUUCAUUGAUCCGCUGGAGCACUCGUUGGCCUCGUUCGAGAAGGGCGACGCAACGGCGUUGGGGCUGAACAUGCUGAACGAUCUGAACACGCUCAAGCAGGAACUGUCCGCUGGGGCGAUGGCUCAGGCUCAAUCCAACUUACUGCCACCGCUAGAACUGGUCCACCAGCACCUGCAGAACCAAAUGCACCAGCACUCAAACAACGGGUUCAACAAUGACUUUAACGGCAACGGGCCACUGAACGGCAUGGGCAACCUGGCAUCCAGCGUUGGCAUGAGUCAGAUGUUGAUGAACUCGAUGGUUACUAGCAAUCCCCUGUUGGGCAACGUUCCACUCUUUGACCCGCUGCAAAACUUCAUGCGACCGUCCAGUUACCAAAACAACCCCGGCACGAUCGACCUAACCGGUGGCAGCAUGUCCAGCGGCGUCGGCGUGGGAGGAAUGUCCAAAAAGGAGGAGGGCAAAUUCAUGCUGACGCCGAAACCGAUCGAGGACCUGCUGAUGAACCCGAACGAGAAGAAGAUAAGCAGCACGCCACCGGACGGCAAGGGCGGCGGCUUCGGGCACGCCUUCAAAUCGUCCGCGCAUGACCAAAAUCUGAAGAACGCGUGGUCCUCGCUGGCGUCGGCCGGUUCGCCCCAGAGCACGCCCACGUCGGCUGCCACCAAGCCAAAACCCUCGAUGGACACGUUCCAGGCAUUUAGAAACAAGGCGAAGGAAAAGCUCGACCGCCAGAAGAUGCUCCAGCAGCAGGAGAUGAAGCGCAGCCAGAAGGAGCAGGCCGAGAAGGAGCUGAAGCGCCAGCAGGAGCAACAGCAGAAGGUCAAACAGGACGAGAUCAACAAUGGACGAAGCAGCAGCAAAAUGGUGAUCGAGCCCAUGCCGGCCCGCGUCGUCGAGGACAUCAAAGCGUCCCCGCAGGGCAGCCCCUCGCCCGGUACGCCCACCACACCCCACGCGCUCGACCGGUCCGCGGCGAAGCGAGCCGAGCUGCGCAAGCUGGAGCAGGAACGUCGACGGCGGGAAGCUAUGGCCGGCCAGAUCGACAUGAACAUGCAAAGCGACUUGAUGGCGGCGUUCGAAGAGUCGCUGUAAAUAUGCGCUGCGCUGUGUGUCACACCACCCUCCCCGUUCCCGGAAGACGGAAUGUAACUUUUUUUUUGUGUGUAUGUGGGGAGGAACCACGGACGCAAGAUAGUAACCAUUAUGUAGUAAAUAAGGUGACAUUAUAAUUUGUGAUAUGUAACGUAAAUAUAUUAAAAAUAUAUAUUUAAACGAAAAGAGGAUGAAAACAUAACGUAAAUUUUGACAUGCGGAGGAGGGAGUCAUUAUGUGUUCUAAUUUGCGGCGAAACGGGCCGAGAACUGUAACAAUAUGCAAGUAGAGCAAGAGAAAGCAGAAGAAGGAGAAGAUUCCGUUGUUAGAGAAAGUAAUGAAAUGAAGUUUCCACGAAUCAAUGUUACUCUAAAUUUCGAGUGUUAGCAGUAAACGGCAGAUGAACCGUAAGAACAGCCAAAAAAACAACAAAACGAAUGAAACGAAAAUUUGCUUUCGAUUUUCGGUCCUAUGGGUAUGACCAUUAUCAUUAUUUGUUACUAAUAAGAGUGCUCUUCAGCAGUUUGAAAAGUGCAUAGCUUCUUUUUUAUUUAAUACUAUCAAGUUGUACAUUACGUGACAGUCCAGAGUUGAUUAAAUCAAGAGAUAGUGUAAUUUACCAAGCUGUAUCUAUUUAAGAAAUAUAUUAUAAUUUUGGUUCUUUUAUUUUUACAACACAAAACUUAUUAUUUCCUAGUUUUAUUUGUCCAAUAUUAGGUAUAUCAAAUUAGGUAGGCAUUUUGAAAAUAUACGAAAAUAAUAAGCACCUACGAAACACACCACCAACGACUUGAUUAUUCUUUUCGAAGGUCUUUUCUGUUCCACACCUCCGAACUCAGCUUUAUUUGUUUUCCCGGUCCCAUUUUGUUGUUCCUUUGUCUGCCUCCUUUAAAACGUUGUUGGAAUUCGAAGCAACAAAUCUUAGUCAGUUCAGCUAGUUUUGCGAAAGAAAAGUCCUUCAAGCAAACAACAAACUAAAACUAUGAGAUUAGAACCGAAAGCGACGCGCGCGGUUUCGGAGUUUCGGGGUUCAUCGUGUCACACACACACAUUUGUACAUAAACCAAACUUCAUCAACCCUCCACACACAAAAAAAACCAAGUCAAUGUGCUACAUAAUUUAUAUGCGAUCAAACAACACUACUAUGUGGCGUAAGGAAAACUGAUGUAAAUGAUGUUAAUAACACUAAUUGCUGUAAACCGCAUUGUAAAAUACUACACACAAUAUUCAUAGCGCGUAAAAAAGUAAGAAAAAACUGUAAAAUGUAGUGAAAAUCUAUGCAUGGUGUAAUGUUCAUAAACAAAACAAUUCAAGUAUCGGAAGCAAGAAAAUUGGUUGAAAAAAUCGUGUAAAACACACUUUCUAAUAAAUGACUAAAUUAAACAAAAUUUAAAGAAAAACAAAAACAAAACUCUGCACAUUAAAUCCAUCUCAGUCCCAAAAAAACAGGAACGGAGCCCACGUGCAAGAAGGAAAAUAAAAAAAAAACCAUCAAGAAGAUUCGUUUGGCUUUUCUCUGUUUCUUUCGAAUGGUCCAAUUUUCUACUAGUUUUUAUGAGAGUAUUACUAGAAAUAUUACGAGUGAUGGUUGCCGAGCGAAGCGCCACCGGCUUCGGAGGAUGUCGAUUAUUGAUGUGUCCUCGUCGUCGUCGUCGUUUCCUGUGUGUCGCGACAGCUAAGCUAAACCAGAGAAGGCACCACAGUGUCGCGGUGAGUUGAGGGGUUCGUUCACGUGCGCGGGCUGAGAUAUAGUAAUAAAGAAGCGCGAAACGAUAAAGGAAGCGAAUGUUUUUGAACAGAGCAAUAGAUGUAGUAGUUUAGUUAAGAAUCCAAAAAAUGGUAGACGAGAAAAGGAGAAAAGAGGAAAAAAACAUAAAUAAAAUACAAUUUUUAUUGACUUAAAUACAAUCAAACACUGAUAUAAAAAAAAGCAUGGAAGUAAAGAUUGCUGAACGUUGACAGAAAUUUGAAU